AUGGUUGGUCUGUUCGUGAUCAUUGGAGUCUUGCGCCGGCUGCGAUCCCGACCGCCUGAGCCGCCAAAUGGCGUGCCGAGCAGCCACCAGCCGCGCGAAGCCGUGACGAGCCACUAUCGAACGCGCUAUACGCGCAUCUUCACAGCACGAUCAACAAGUUUAGUGCAACACGCGACCAGCGCGGACCGAGUGCUCGCCCGUUAUUAUACCCAAGGGAUAAUCAACAAGUGGACAGGGAGACCAAUUUCCACAGGCGGCGACAAAACCAGCACCGUUACUUACUUUAAAAACACUUUAACAACUACGAGCAAAAAGCUAGCCUACAAUAUCACAACCGAAUAUCACAUCAAGCGGUGGCAAGCGAAGCUUCGUGGACGGCGGCUUACGUAA